CACUUCGUUUCGCAUAAACAAGACGCCACUUCAGCCUCACCGCGUCUUUUUUAAAAAUACAUGUAGUUGAAAGGGAUGCCCAGACAAAGAAAAGUUCCUGCAAGGUUUAGAGGUUGGUUUGUUGUUAUUUAGAAUACGGUGUUUAUAAUUUACAUGUGUAUUUUUGAAGAUAGUUUUAUCUUAAUAACGUUCAAAGUGUCUUCGCAAGUAGUUAAGCUGAAUAUGAGUCUAUUGAAAGGUCUAACAAACUGCUGUACAAUGGUGAAUGCAUGGCAAUUUUUCAGGGUAGCUGUGAUCACUCUGUACAGACUAGUACACAUGUACUUAAAUGCAACAGUUAGUGAAACGAUGAAACAGUGAACACUUUCAGAUAUGAGAGCUUUACAUGCUCCUGUAGCACUAUUUUUAGAUGUAAUAUUAUUGGCUGCGGUCACAUCUACGACGUAACCAAAGUUUAACUUAAGUUAGUGUCAAGUUACGUUAUGUCAUACCUAACUGUAGUUAGUGUUUUCGGUCGACAUUGCAGUCACACCACGCAGUCAACAACAGUUAGUUCUAAUUAGCCUAUGUAAAUUUUUUGUUUGUUGUUUUUGGUUUCCCCUUCGCCUCACGCUUGGUUUUUAUUUUGCAUAUUUAUAUAUGCUCAUCUCGCACGUGCGAAAAGAAGUACCACAUUCUUAUUGGUUGUUUGUUUGUAAACUUAAGACUAACCCACGAACUUUGCUUGGGUAUAACUAUAGUUGGUCUGUAUUGUUUUGGAUCACCGAGGCGUAAAUUUUCUAACUAUGGUUAGAGCGAACAGAGAAGCGGUCACAUCACUGAAAUAGCUAACUAUAGUUAUCCCCUUCUUAACUACAGUUAGUAGCCCCAAGGCUCAAAAUAACGGACAGCAGGUCGCCGGUCAUGAUGACUGGCCAAAUAUUUUUUAGCCCGGACAAACCCCGAUUUUGGCCGGUCAAAUUAAUGAAUAUUAUAAUUACUUUGUUGCCCAUGGAAUAUCGAAUUACGCUGGCAGUACGGCAUUGUCGUUCGAGUUUUUGCCGGCAAGUUGGUGAAAAAUUCAUUCACACGUUGUUGAGUUCCUUUCCGCGAUUUUCCCCCGUUUUAUGUCCGUUUAUAUAUACCUUCAGCAUCAUUGUACGGCGGUGUCGGAAGUCUCCAAGGUUCGUCCUAUAUCUGCAUAUCGGUGAAUCUUGAUCCUUUUCGUUGCCCGGCACGUGAUCGAAAGUCUCCUCCACAAAGAAGAAUUUUGUCGCUAAAUAUUUGUGGCAAAGAAGUUGAUUUGGCAAGAAAUUUGUUCCACAAACAGGGUAUUCGUCAUCAGAAGUCAAUAAAUAUACAGGAAAGCUUUCGUUUGGGUCGUCGCGCAACACUUUUCGCGAACGGCUUAUCAAGAAGGAGGAUUUUAAGCGCCGAUAUAGCAGACAAUUCUGGAAUCGAGUCUGCAAACGAGAUUAUGUUCGAUGAACAGAAAUUUUAUAAUUAAUCGAUGCGCUGAAAUUUAUUCCCAGAGAAACAGUACAGGACGAGCGAUCGAUUAGCCCGAAUUCCGUCGAAGGUGAUUUUCACAAUCCUGUUACAAGUAGAUGUGAAACGUUUGAUGGACAAAAACUAUCCCUCAUCCUUUAGUUUUCUAAAACAUAACAGAUUAUUGUUAGCGAAUGUCAGAAGGUCGCAUUACUGAUCACAGCAAAGCAGAACGUUUUUCUUUAAAGGGUUUAGUGCAAAGCAGCAAAAAAAGCCAAAGAAAGCAGCGAAUUACAGCGUUAUAGAGCAAAACGCAUUAAGCGACAAGCAUCCAAAAAUGACCGGUCAAAAUGACCGGCCAGACGAGAGUUUGACCGGUCAAGUCCACGAUCAGGCCAGACAUUGUCCAUUGACCGGCCGUUAUUUUGAGCCCUGAGCCCAGAUUUGACAUUAGUUUUCGUCGUUGUUAAUUGGCAGUGUGCAUCUGGAACAGAUUGCCUUUAUUUAGAUAGCAUGCUAUAGAGAUAGUAUUUUAGGGGUUUUAUGGGCUUUACGUACAUUUCCUUUGAGUUAUUCUUCGUUUUCACUGUCACGCAAUAAACAAGGCACAAAAAAAUAAAUUAGAAAUCGUCCAGUGGAAGAAGCCAAGAAAAUGAAAUGUUAUAAAAAGUAUAAACAAUUUGUCUAAGUUUCAGGUAUUUGUGGCCCACAGGUUCUGAGUCAUUUGCCGAAACGUUUUCAUGCACCUUUGUAGACCUUUGUAUGGAAACGCCAUAUUGGUGGACAGUUUUGGUCCACCAAUAUGGCCACCGGAAAUCAACAAAGACAUCUUUGUUUCUAGGAAAGCUCUUUCUUUUGACUCAAGAGCUAGCAUACGUUUGAAAUGGUUAAGCUGCUGAAAAUCAAGAGGAGAGACUUUUUUCUAGGAGGCAGCAUUCCUAUUUUGGUGUCGCGCACUGUAAAAACUCGGAAGUUCAAAUUUCAGAUUUCUGCACAGCCCCUUACAUCUAUUAACUGUAUGCAACAUUGAUCUCAUACUACAGUUGACUCCCAAUAACUCAAACGUUCACUAACCCGAACCUCACGUUAACUCUAACCAAAGUCAAUUUCCCCUGAAAUUUUCUUUAUACAUUUACUGUAAUUUUACCCUUGGUAACUCAAACCCUCGAUAACUCGAAACUCCCACUUUAUUUUUAUUUCACUUCUGAUCAUUCCUAUAUAAUUUUACCCUCGGUAUAACUCGAACCAUGUUAUAAGCGAGUGACAAGUCAGGAAAAAAAGCCGUGUACUGAAGUGCAAAUUAUUGAAUUUAUUUCAAAACAAACGUGUGAAUUCUUUGUCUUCAUUUUUUGUCACUCCAGGGCCAAGUUGUUCAAAGCUGGGUUAAAAUAACCUAGGGUUAGUGUGAAAUUUAAAUUCAGAUUUGAAAGCUUAAAAAGCAUUUCAGUUCUAAUUCUUUUUGUAUACAAGUUGAUGAUUGGAAGCUCUAAAAAUAACAGAGAAAAUUAUCCAAGAAAAUGCUUUUGAACACAAGAAAAAGAAAUCUGGGUUAAAUUUAACCCCGGGGUAAGAGCUAAUCGGCCUUUGGACAACUGCACCCAGUUGAAAUUCAGUGCCUUGCCAUAUAUAUUAAUGAAGCUUUGUUACUUUAUGCAUUCCCUCCCCGUCCAUUGCUUUGAUUUCCUGAUAACUCGAACUUUUUUUGAUUUCCCUGCAAGGAUUGAGUUAUCAGGAGUCAACUGUAUUUCGCUUUAAUUAAUAUGAAUACAGGUGAAACGUCCGCACAUAAUAUAUGUCUGGGACUGUGCAGAAAUCUUACCUAAUUUUUUGUGUUUUGCACUAAACCAAUUAAAACCACAUGCACCUGGCAGAACCACUUUUUUGUAGUCUUCAGUUUGGAGUCUCUGAUCUGCAUCAGUUGAUGACAUUCCCAUCAUCACUGGACUGAGGCAACUAUAUAGUAUAAUUAUUUUGAAACCAUACAUUGUACAAAAGAUUCUUGGAAUUCUUUAAUCACACCUCAUUUGCAGCAUUAAGUUUCUUUUUCUUGGCCAAAAACCAGCAUUUUAUUCAGUGAAUUUGUUUAUUUUGAGGAAGUUGGAUGAGAACCUGUGGUAGGAUUUCAAAAUUAUUUAAGUCAUUAAUAAAAAUGAGGUUUCCAAAUGUAAUCUGACAUCUCAAUAAUGUUUUCAUUACACCUUUCUUAUUUGGGUUUUGCUCACUUAUGAAGUUUGACAUCAGGCAGCAUACAUUGAUUUUGAAUGCAAAUUUAUUCAACAUAUAGUCCCUGGAAAUUUGCUUUAAUUUACAUAAUUGUAAAUUGUAAAUAAACUUCUGCCAAAUAUUACUUUCUAGAUGGGGCAAAUCCAGAUGAAAUAGAAACUGAAGGUGACAGUAGUGGUUCAAAUCCUGAUAGUCCACAAAAAAAGCAGCGAAAAGAGAGUUCUGGUUCAUCGGAUCUUGCCAGCCCAGUAACUGCCCCACCACAACAACAUUUCGGAGUGCCUCCCUACGUCACAGCUGAACGCACAAUACAUUCACGUUCAAUGGAGGUACAGUCACACUUAUACUAUAAUGAAUAUUAUAUUACCGGUUCUGGGAAUAAAUGAACAUUCGUUUUUCUUUGGAACUUUGUACUUAAAAGAACAAGUAAUGUUCAGUAUUAAAUAUGUUGGGCAAAAUUCAGCAUUUUUUUAUAAAGCUUUUGUAUUCACAGAAUAAACAAGCGUUGUGGACCUUUACCAUUUUCUGGGAAGUUUCCCCAUUGCAUUAUUAGCCUUAACAUAUUUUUCUUACAAUUUAGCCAAGAAUAGGCCUGUCAGGCAUUCCAAUGAUACAUACCAUGUUAUGUCAAGGAAAGCACCACCUUGAGGCUUGGGUUGACAAAAUACAGUAUGACAUUGCCAACCCAGCCAACCUUGUUUCAUUAAAUUUAAUUGAUUGUACUCUGUGGGGCAGACAGCUUUUAUGCUGUGUGAGCUGUGAUUUGUAGAGUUUCUCACUUCUCAAUGAUCACAAUUUGUACUAGAUAAUGAAUACAAUGAACCAUUCAAUGAAAUGACCAGCUGUAUGUCGACUUGCAUAUUUCAGUUGGCUUAAGGGCACUGCACCUGUAUCAAAGAGGUCAUGUUUUCAAAUACCAUACAAGCCUGAAUUAUUUUAGGCUUUCUUUACACAACUGUUAAGGUGUACAACUGAGAUUUUUCAUUUUUUCCAUAAACCUUUCCACUUGUCCUUUUUAGGGAACUACAGAUAUGAACCGAUCUAACCUCACUAUAGACCCAGUCUACCCCUGUGGUAUCUGCAAGAGAGAAGUAAAUGACAAUGAUGAUGCUAUAUUCUGUGAAACAGGCUGUUCACAGUGGUAUCACCGUGUAUGUACGGGGCUGACAGAACUGGCUUAUGACCUACUUACUGCUGAGGAGAAUGCCGAGUGGGUCUGUGAUAACUGUAUAGCAACCAAAACCAUUCCAUUGGUCAAGUUGAAAAGUUGAGUGGUGCACAUAAACUUAAGAUAAAUGAUUUUUUGUACGGUUUCAUUUUAUCAGGCCUGACCUUUCUUCCACCCGAAACAACAAAAGUUAUUAGAAAAAUACAUGGAAGUGUCAGGUGCAUCACCAGUUUCGAACCUGCCAAGAAUACCUUAGUUGAUACAAAACUUAAGUGCCAACCAUGUGGUCUCAAACUAAUGCAGUGCUGUCAACUCUCCUGGAUAAUCUGGGCGAGACCAGAUUUUGGACCAUAUCUCCCGGUCUCCAGAUUAGAGUUUGAAAUCUCCUGGAUAAUCUUCGAAGUUUGCCACUUCUUCAUUUCAGUAGACAACUUUUUGACAGUAUUCAAAAUUUCAACUAUUUUGCGUUGUCUUAGCUAUUUUAAUGUUAACAUCAAACAUUUCCUUGUAAACUUCCGUGCUGCCAUUUUAACUUGACAAUAAUGACAUGUGAUUGGUGGGAAGUAAGAAUAUUUGCACAAAUGACGUCAUGUGCCGUGCGUUAUGACGUCAUCUAUUAUCCCUUCCCUUAAUAGUUCCCUAUCAAUUCUCAAUAUUGGAAGAUGUGGGGGGUUGACAGCCCUGCUAAUGUUAAUAUAAUCGCUGGCCCCCAAUAAGAUCUAUUGUUAUAUUCCUAGACUUUCACUCAACUAAACAGGGACUGCCAUUGGUUGAUUCUUGGUUACGUGGUCUUGACUAAUGUGCCCAUACAUUAACAAUGUACCCCACUGGGGAUACAUUACAGCAUGUGAUCAAGGCAUGGUGCAAAGUGGCGUGACAGAAGGCGGGAAAAACACUGCCAGUUUUCUUUUUCGUGAAUUAACACAACAACACAAACACGAAAUCUCAAGAUAAAAAGCAGCAAUUUUUAAAGCUAUCCCAGAAGAGAAACAGCAGCUUGUGGAGGAGAAAGAUACACAUAAUAUAAGUAAAGUACUUUGUAAAUCAUUUAUUCAGUGGUUUUGAGAAUUAAAUUUGUGUUUUUUUAAGUACUAAGUCGACUGUUCUGGUUCAUUUCGGUUAAUCUUUUGUUGCUGUUGAAGUGAAAGUCUUGAAAUAUAACAAAACACUUAAAGUCAGGUCCCUCGGGAAACCAGUUAGUCGUGAAAUAGGUAGUAGAAUACUACUCGCACUAUUAUGCACCAAUCCUAUCGUCUUCUGUUGUUUAUUUGUAGCUAUUUUGCACGAGUUGCUAUUACCUGUUUCACGGUUCAAGUAAAAUCACUCUAACACAUCAUUUCAUCACUUACACCCUUUUUGUAAACUUAAACCAACUUGUAAAAUUUUUAAUUAUAGUGGUUUUUUUCCUAGAAGCGUCUGUGUUUCGUUGUUACUUACUUUUUUACAACUUCCU